AACAAGCUACACAUUUAGUUCCCUGCGGCUGCUUUUUCAAACAACUUGGACAAAGAUGGUACUCGGCACAAAUAACAGAAUUGAGAAAACAGCAUUAAAUUAAAAUAGCACAAAUUUAGUUUCUCGCGGUUUCUUUUGCAAACAACUUGGACGAAGAUAAUACUCGGCGCAUCAAACAAAAUUUGCAUUUACACAUAUGCACAUACAUAUGUAUGUAUACGCAACGUAGCAAUAACUUCGCUAAUAAUAUAUCUUAAAAAAUCCAAAAAGUGUAACUCGAACAAAAAAAAAUCUGGAAGUAGUAAAAGUCAUCAUCUAUGUACUAUACAUACAUAAGUGCAUACAUAACAAUUUUAAGUGAGAAAGAAUACGCGGCCGCCGAAAAUUUUAGUGAACGCACUACACCUACCAUUUGCCAUUGACCUUUAUUUGACAUUUAUAAAAACGGCAGAGAACGCUUUACAGAAACGCUAGUUUGUGAGCCGUUGGUGGCCGACCAUUUGGUCGUUGUGGUGUGUACGAAGAGUUAACUGAAAGCAGAUAAUUUUCAACAAUCACUCAGAUGAAUCGGCGAUUUUCUCGGGUUGAGUCCGGUAUUGACUUAAAGGACUAUUUUGACCGCGGUGACAUUGCAUCACGUGAAAAUCGUUGGAACUUUGAAAUAGCAUGGGAGGUGGCUAAUAAAGUUGGAGGUAUUUAUACGGUCAUCCGCUCGAAAGCGUAUGUUUCCACGGAAGAGAUGGGUGAGCAGCUAUGCCUUAUGGGCCCUUACAAAGAACAGUGUGCACGCACAGAAAUGGAGGAGAUGGAAUUUCCUCGCGGUAAUCCACUUCUGGAUGCUGUGAAUACUAUGAGGUCACGUGGGUACAAAAUUCAUACGGGACGUUGGUUGGUAGAUGGUAAUCCUCAACUUAUCCUAUUCGACAUUGGCUCCGGUGCAUGGAAACUAGAUCAAUUCAAAUCAGAGUUAUGGGAAAAAUGCCAUGUUGGCGUACCACAUUUAGACGUUGAAACGAAUGAUGCUAUUAUCUUAGGAUUUAUGAUUGCUGAAUUUCUUGAAGAAUUUCGAAAUCGUGCUUUAGAUUACUCCAACUCGCAUGAGCUACAGACUCCUCGCAUAGUGGCACAUUUUCACGAAUGGCAGGCGGGAGUUGGAUUAAUUGCCCUACGAACAAGACAUAUAGAAGUCGCUACAGUUUUCACUACACACGCCACUCUUCUAGGUCGCUAUCUGUGCGCUGGAAACACUGACUUUUAUAAUAACUUGGAUAAGUUUGCAGUGGAUGAAGAAGCUGGAAAACGACAAAUUUAUCACAGAUAUUGUAUUGAAAGGGCUGCCACCCAUUUAUCCCAUGUCUUCACAACAGUCUCGGAAAUAACAGGAUAUGAAGCAGAACACUUGCUCAAGCGAAAGCCGGAUAUAAUUACGCCGAAUGGCCUUAAUGUAAAAAAAUUUUCUGCUAUACAUGAAUUCCAGAACUUACAUGCAGUAGCAAAAGAAAAGAUCAAUGAAUUCGUACGUGGGCAUUUUUAUGGACAUAUGGAUUUCGAUUUGGAUAAGACGCUUUACUUUUUCAUUGCUGGUCGCUAUGAAUUUGGAAAUAAGGGUGCUGAUAUUUUUAUAGAAUCCUUAGCUCGACUCAAUGCAAUGUUGAAACAUGAAAAACCUGAUACAACAGUUGUCGCUUUCCUCAUAUUUCCCACUAAAGUUAACAAUUUCAAUGUGGACUCACUGCGCGGCCAUGCAGUCAUUAAACAGCUGCGAGAUACCAUCAACAAUGUUCAAAACUCUAUAGGAAAACGUAUGUUUGACUCCUGUGUAAAAGGCCAUAUUCCUAGUCCAGACGAAAUGCUUACAAAAGAGGAUUUGGUCAAAAUUAAACGAUGUAUGUUCGCUAUGCAGAGAGAUUCAAUGCCGCCAGUUACGACACACAAUAUUGUUGAUGACUGGAAUGACCCUGUUUUAGCAGCUAUUCGCCGCUGUCAUCUCUUCAAUUCCGUGCAUGACAGAGUUAAAAUGGUUUUCCAUCCAGAGUUUUUAACAUCUACAAAUCCGCUUUUUGGUAUUGAUUAUGAAGAGUUCGUACGCGGUUGUCAUUUGGGAGUAUUUCCUUCAUACUAUGAACCUUGGGGUUAUACACCUGCGGAAUGUACUGUCAUGGGCAUUCCAAGUAUAACUACAAAUUUGUCUGGUUUCGGUUGUUUCAUGAAUGAGCACAUAUGUGACCCGAAGUCGUACGGGAUCUAUAUAGUGGACCGUCGCUAUAUUGGCUUAGAGAACAGUGUACAGCAGCUUUCUGGUUUUAUGAUGGAGUUUGCGAGACUAAACCGACGACAACGUAUAAUACAAAGAAAUCGAACGGAACGUCUCAGUGAUCUAUUAGAUUGGAGAACUUUGGGAAUAUAUUACCGCCAAGCCAGAGUUAAGGCAUUGCAGGCUGUAUAUUCAGAUUAUGUGGACGAGGGAUCUCUCUAUGGUUCAAGAAGCACAUUGAAUUUUUCAAGGCCUUUCAGUGAACCACCAAGUCCUACAUCUUCUAGACACACAACACCCGCUCCAUCAGUGCAUGGUUCUGACGACGAAGACUCUGUGGAUGAUGAGAAAGAGUUGAAAGAACUAGGAAUUAAGUAAUAACUAAAACGGUCCACUUUAAGAAUUAUUGCAACGUUUCAGGCAGUAAAUUCAUAUUUUACACACUGCAUUACUAUUGCUACAUAUACGAAUGUAUGUACAUGCAUAUGUACAUACACACGUAACCCAUACUAAAAUAGAUAUUUAGAAAGAUUAAAAAAAUUGUUGAUAUGGCUAUAUACUAAUGAAGAUAUAAACAAUUUUAUAUAUGUAUGUUAAAAUAAUGUGAUGGUAAAGACUAUGCAAAUUCUUCAUCAGCUGGAGGAAAAUAUUAUGUCCAACUUGCGUACAAACAUAAAAUUAUAAAUUUCAGGUGAACAAAUAAAACAAACAUAAGUAUAUGUCGAUGAAAUACAAAUCAAAGAAAUAAAGCACUUA